AUGUCGCAAAAGAGUAAAAACAAGAUAGCAUCCUCACCUGAAAAGUCUCCAAGCUCAGCAGGUGAGCGCAGUGAAGGAAUGUUAAACUACCUACUCAACUUCGAUAAGCAAGGUCCCACUAUAGCUAAUGAAGAAAAUAAUGACGUCAAUUACCGCAAAAACAUAAAAGUCCAUAUCUACCAGGCCAGAGAAGAUAAAAUAAGGCUACCCCAAAACUAUGGUAGUGAUGAGGAUGAUUUCUUUAAUAACUAUGAAGAGGAGAAUAUCAAAAAAGAAGAUGUCUAUAGUCCGGCAAUAUACCUAACAACUUUAGAGGAAAUUCCAACCCCUGAGGAGCCUAUGAAAGAGAUUCCAAGAAAUAAAAAUCACUCUCAGAACCCAGAAAACCCAGGUUAUAACACUGAAGAAAAUGAAAAAUAUUGGACCGAAAAGGAAAAUUAUUACUGCAAUACCGUCAAUGAAUGGUUAGAAGAUGAAAAAACCCUAAUAUUCAAAGAACCUGGUAAAGCAAAUAGAGCAAAAUUUACAAAAAAACAACUAAAGCUGCCCUACUGGAAACUCCAUCAUGAACAAACUCAGGCAGCACAAAUUCCUACUGUAUAUGAGAAAGAUAUAAAUCCCACUAGUUGUAAGAACUUAAAUGAAUUCGUAUCAUGGAGAACUAGAGACAGAAGUUAUGCCGAAACUGAAAAAUUUUGGGCAAGUAUUGGAAAUUACUACUAUGACUCAGAAGUAGAUGAUAUGAAUGACGAUGAUGACAAUAAAUAUGAAACAGAUGAAGAAGAAACCCAGGAUGAAUAUGGUAAAGAGCCCAUAACCACCUCUAAUGAAUACUGGCAAGACUCUUAUGAAGAGGCACCAAAUACCCAAGAAAUGUAUGACCUCGAGAGAAUGAAAGAAUUUAAUACUAAUGACUAUAAAACUGUAAGACCAAACAUACCUCCAAGUGAUCAAGAAUUCUGCGAAACCUGGACGAUCAUCCAACAGAUAUACAAAUUAGAAAAUGAUCUACCACAAGCCCGAGACCAAGCCCUUAGGAAAAUUAAAACCCAGCAACAAAAACAAAAGGAAAAUUAUGACUGUUAUUUAAAAGCCACCCCAACUUCAGUAUUGGUGACAAGGUAUUCACUCAUGAUGCAAAGAGAAUGA